CGGGUGCAGCCGCCACCGCUAGCUACUAGCGUCUCUCCCGUCGAGUGGCGACACGAAUAGUACAGUAAUGCUAUGAUUGCGGCGAGCAAGGCGACAAGUCGGUGGACGGUCGGCUCCGCUCAGCCAGAAGGGAAGGAGGCCAAGGGUGAAAAAUUACCGUCUGCAUGCUGUACUGGACUGACUCGGUGUGGCUCGGCUGACCUUGUGCUUGCGUGGAGUUUAGGGCUUCGGAUUCUUGCCGUAAAGAUUAUGGAGCCUUGUCGGGGUUCUACAUAAAGGCAACAGCCAAUAUACGAAUCUCGGGACGGGGAAGCGUGGGGGAAAAGAGUGGCUGCUCGAGUCGGAACUCCCAACUGGGGAGGGAUCUUCAAAUAAGCCCGCCGACUACGGGUAGCCUUCAAGAAGAUGUUGUCGAGAUGCAUGGGAACACCAGCAGAUAGUGUGCAGCAGGUGUUACUGGAUGACACAUAUCCACAGUGGUCAUACUAGUUCACGUAGCUCUAUCACCUCACAGUGGUCGAACUGGUCUUGGGCACUGCGAACGACUCGUAGAAGGUUUUUGGCGGUCGGCAUGGUGUCGGCUGAAUCAAGCCGCUCCCAGUUCCAUCCAUUCUCGAGGGAAGGUGAAGCCGAGCAGCACUCGUUUCGCCAAUGGGGUAACCUCCCCAGCCCAACACCAGAGCUGCUCGCACCGCAACGCUCGGGGCGCUCCGAUCCGAAAAUCGUACAAAUUGCGGUGGCCCUCGAUCCACUCUUCCAGCACGCGAAAUCUCUGCUAGCGCGAAAUCUUUCACUUGCAAGAACCUUUCUCACAUCACGACGCUACUCUUCUUUCUCCCGACUGGCUGGAACGCGCGAAUUGGAAUCACACCACCACUCUUCUCAAAACUAGGUCGAAACACGAACUACUACUCCUUCAAGCUAUCAUGAUGGCAGCGUUUGCCGCGCAUCAUUCCCCGUCCCUGCCGACGGUGUUCGUGGUCUGCCUUCUCACGCUCGCCGUCCUUUCUUGCACGCACGCCGACGACGGCGGCGGCGAUGACGCUGCCGAUCUCCUCGGUGCUGGUAUCUUCGCGAGUCACGGCGAGGACGGCAACGGGGACAGCCUCCGGAACCUCUUCUUCCACCAGGAAUUUUCUGAAGACCCAUCUACGACGACAACGGCGACGACGGAGAGUCCUCCCCAGCGUGACGACUGGCGAAAGCUCGCGAUGACCAUCGGCGUUUGCAUCUCGCCGAACGUCCGCUGCCCGGGUCCUCUGGGCCUCGCGUCGUGCUGCUCCCCCUCUCAGCGCUGCUGCAACGGCCGCUGCUGCAACCCGCAAACCACCACCUGCUGCGGCAGCCGCUGCUGCCUGUCGGCACUCAAGCCCCUGUGCUGCCAGGUUCGCACGGCUGUGGUCCCUCGCGUGGUCGCGUCCGCCUGCUGCCCGACCCUCGAUAGGUACGGGAAUGCGACGAACAACGUGUGUUGCGGCGGCAGGUGCUGCAAUAAGGGCAAGUGCUGCAACGGCAAGUGCUGCGGCAGGUUCAGCUACCGCUGCGGUGGCACCACGUGCUGCCCACGGUCAAGAAAGGUCAUGUGCUGCUCUAUCGCUGGGCAGGCUGGGGGAAGCUGCUGCCUGAAAUACAAUCUUUUCGGCAGGCCGACGAACAAUUUUUGCUGCGGGCAGAAGUGUUGCAGGAGGGUCCCAGGAGCGAACGCGAAAUGCUGCGUUGAUACAGCCACCGAGCAGCCGAAAUGCUGCACCCAGUGAACAGUUAGUGUGGAUAGCUACAGUACAGACUAACCUAGUAGUGUGCAUGGAGAAAUAUAGAACGGGCGGGUGUUCAGUAAAGGGGCCACCUCGAGAUUACGCGCGAAGGGGUGGGGCACUGGGGCAACGGAUGGACGGUAUUGUGCUCCAGAUUUUGGUUUUUGUUACUUUUUUUGCUUGUCAUUGUAAUGAAUGAGUACCGUAUUC